CACCAGGUUUGGGGCAAAGUCCAGCUGUUGGGUCAAAGACAAGCUGUACUAACAAUACAUUACAAUUUGUUUUCCGGACUCUAACCAAAACACUUCUCUAAAAGAAGCCUGUGAGAAGACUGACGAGCAUGGAUACCACAUCUUCAUUCCUCAAAUCUGUGACCAAACGAGUGUGGUCUCCACCACAGCGUCCCUUCAGGGUGUGCUGUCACGACAGGGAGACCAGGAAGGGCAUCACAGCUGGGACCCUGGAGGAGCUGAAAGAGAGGGUAUGCCAGGCUCUGCUGCUGACCCUGUCUGCAGUGUCUCUGUCUCUGGUUUGUGAGGACGACGGCACAGAGGUAGACUCUGACGAGUUCCUCAUCACCCUGCCCGACAACACCAUGCUCAUGGCCCUGCAGCCUGGGCAGACAUGGAGACAACAGUCGGGUUCAAUUGUGCCCAAAUCUCAAGACCACAACAAGCCUCGGACCGGAAGAGACAUAGCUCGCGUCACCUUUGACCUUUACAGGAUGAGUCCAAAGGAUGUUUUUGGCUCCCUCAGUGUGAAGGCCACAUUCCAGGGGCUUUACUCCGUGAGCGCUAACUUUCAGUGUCUGGGGCCCAAGAAAGUCCUCAGAGAAGCCCUGCGUGUAGCCUCCACCCUCUUACACGCUGCUGGACACCUGCUUAUCACCUCCGCCUCCAUGAUCCGCCGCAUUAUCGAAGGCGCUGAGCUUUGGCAGCCGCAGAGGGGAGAGUACACAGCCAGCUGGAACUGACGGAGCCAAGAGGCGCUCAUUUAUUAGUGACGUGGUGUAACUCGCAUCUCAAUGGGAAGCCAAUGGAUUGUAUAAUUGUUGUGCUGCUUAAAAUGAGGGAAAGAAACCACUUUUUUAGAUGCUGACAGCUGAGAAGUAUUUGCAAAUGUUAACAGUGUUAAAUAUUUUGAUUAUGCUUCAGUUUGUGAACAGAAUGUAGAAGACAAACAGAAAUCUUCAACGAUAAAGUGCCAUAAACUGUCUUUGGUAAUAACAUAGGAGCUAUUAAUAUAGUUAUUCUAUUUUUGUGCAAUAUAUUCUACAUAAUGUCUGACAAUUGUGAAUGUUUUUGUUAAUUUGGUGUUGAAUUUGUUUCUAUCCUGAGAACGAACCACUGAAAUCACGUGGAAACACUGUCUUGUUUGGAAAAAAUGCAAUAUUACAGUACUU